AUGUUAGCCAAUUCCAUCAAAACCCGCACUACGUCCAUCCCACGGAUGCUUGGGGUAUUCCGCUAUGUUGGUGCCAUCUCUGGCGGGCGGGCGUUCACCUCGGUCGCCACCAGAUUCCCUCACUUGCCCGCCGUUGCCAUGGGCGACGCGAGCCAGGCCAAGGUCAACCAGAUGAAGUUUGCCACUGGUUUCGGCGGCGUCACUGGUGCUAUCAAGCCUUCGCCCGCUGUGCAAUUGAACGCCACCGCCGCUGCUUCGGAAGGGGCGCUGAAGAAGAAGACCACCAAGCCUAAGAAGCUGGAAAAGGUCAAGUUGAGAGAGAAAUUGAACCGGGAAAAGAAGAAGCUUAAGAAGAUCGAGGCGGCGUUGAAGGAAAGACAAAAGUUGCUUGCUAGCCGCAGCAAGGACCGUCAAAAGAACCAGGAAAAGGAGAAGAAGGAAAAGGAGAAGAAGGAAGCGGAAAAGCAGAAGCGUCUCAUCAAUAAGGCGUUGCAACCGGUGAGAGGGUUGUCGUCGUGGUCGCUCUACAUCAAGAAGAAGACCACCGCCGACAAGGACAUGAAGCAAUUGUCGGAAGACUUCCGCAACCUCAGCGAAUCGGAAAGACGAGAGUACGAACGCCUCGCGGAAGAGUACAACGCCAAGUUGAAGGAACGGUACCCCGCCAGACCCAAGAUCCCCCCUCUGGGCUACGCGUUGUACGUGCAACAGAAUUUCCCCGCUGGCGUUACCGCCGCCGAGGCAAUGACGUCGAUGGCUAACGACUGGAGACAAUUGUCGCCGGAGGAAAAGGAAAAGUAUAACGUUGUCACCGAAGAGAUCCGCGACAAGUUCAACGAGGAAUUGAAGAAGUGGAAGGACCAGCGGGUGGCCAAUUACCUUGAGGACAAGAAGAAGCCCAAGGUCGAUAUCUGA